AUGUGCACCUUGCACUUGCCAGAGCAGUGGCUGGACUGGGGUCUCGGAGGAGAGACCUGCUAUCCAUGCCUGCUGUCACAGGUGAGGUGUGACGGGUGCCCGGGCCCUGUGAUCAAGCUCUGGGGCAGCCGCAAGACAGUAGCCUGGACCCGCUCUGUCCUGCCCCGGGACAGGAAGGGGCCCCCUGAGAUGCCCUGCAUCGACGAGAUCCGGGACAGGACUCUGCACUUGCCUUGCUGGGCUGACAUCCACACCCCGGCCCACUUUUCAUCCAUCAGUUACAAGGGAUGCCUUCUCCGAAACCUGAAAGCUUCAGACUUCCAAGGGGAGUCAUCCCCAGAUAUCGGCAAGAAACUAAAAAAGGCAGAAGAAAGCCCUCAAACCCCUCAACGAGACCUUUUAAAGUUAGCCUUUAAGAUUUUCAAUAACUGGGACGAACAGGCAAAACUAGAGAAGGCCCACGGAGAUCAAGCCAAGUACCACCUUUUAGCCAGUGCCCUAAGUGGCUCCAAGCCUCCAUCAACCAGCAAAGAAAGGAAGCCAUGUGGGCCCUGCUUCGUUCCAAAGAAGGUCCCUGGGCUGCUCAUGCCUAAACCAAGGCCCCUCCAGGUCCGCGUCCCAGCUGUGGCAGAAAGGGACAUUGGAAGGUCGACUGCCCAAAACCCCCUCCAGGGAUCCGGACACCCCCUCCUGGUCCCCAGCAGGAGUCCUCCAACCCAGCUCUGCCCAGCCUCCUCGGACUCGCCGCUGAAGACUGAAGAUGCCCAGGCCCCCAGGCCCCGACUCUCAUCACCACCACGGAGCCCAGGCUACCUCUUACAGUGGCAAUUUCCUUCUCCAAGGGAUCUUCCUGACCCAGGGAUGGAAUCCCAUCUCCCGUGUCUCUUGUAUUGCAAAUGGAUUCUUUACCCACUAAGCCAUCAAGGAAGACUUGCUCCUGGCUGAAUGGAAGGCAGAAAACUGAGCGGGGACUUGGGCUGUGUAUCCUGCCCCCAAUAAAUGUUCAAGCCCUUCUCAGCUCUUGUUCAAGCUCUUGUUCAAGCCCUUCUCAGCUCUUGUUGCAAAUUCACAAAAUUUGCAAAAUCCUCCCUGAUGACUGACCCAUUAUUUCCCUUCACGCACACACACAAAUUAGAUGAUUAACAAUCAAAAGAUACUUUAUUCAUCCAGUCACACAUACAUGCGCCAAUUAGAGGAGGUUUUCUCACCUACACAGAACCCAAGAUAAACAGAGGUUGGAGAGCUCACACAGGUCAACAUCUGGAGGAAACAAAGGACUCUUUCUCACCGUGGAUUUCUAAUAUCUGAAGACAUUCUCAAGCAAAAGAAUAAUUCAUGAGAAGUUAAAGAUCUUCUUGGGGACUUCCCUGGUGGUCUAGUGGCUAAGACGCCAUGCUCCCAAUGCAGAGAGCUCAAGUUCGAUCCCUGGUCAGGGAACUAGAUCCCACAUGUCAUAACUGAAGAUCCUGCAGGCCACAACUAAGACCUGGUGCAGCCAAAUAAACAAAAUACUUUUUUUUAAAAAAAGAUCUUCUUGGAAGAUUAGUUGAUUUUUGAAAAGUACUUAUUGGGCAUCUACAGCAAGCAAGCCUUCUGUAAUCCAUAGA